AUGGCAGAUGGUACCUACAGGUUCCAGCAGCCUGGGGCCGGGCAAUACUUCUUCCAAACGCAACAACCUCACCAACGUCACCUUAUCCGCAACGGCACCGGUUCCCCGACUGGACGUCUGAAAUUCAACCACGAAACCCCAUCCCCCUCGCGAACUCCCCCGCUCGGCUCGGCAGCUGCUCUCAAUCCGUUCACAAUGUAUGGCCAAACACAUCAACAGCAGCAUGUUAUCAUGAAUGGUGGCCAGGCCCACCAGCGGUUCGGCAUGCAGAUGAAGUUUCAGACGCAGACACACCACCCACACCCCGCCCAGCAACCACAUCACCAUGCCCACCACAACCAGCCUCCUCAACAUGUCGGCCACCAGCAUAACUUCUCCAGCGGGGCUCUGGCAUCCGCUACCCCACACUUCACUCCUAGCCACAUUCAAAAUGGGACGCACACCAACAUUGACGAAGAUCUUGACGAGUCUAUGAACGAACAUUGGCAACAGCAACUCCAGCUGGCUGCGGAAUCUCGACAGGCCAGUUCACCUCACUACUAUGCCCGGGCUGUAGCACAGCAGACCAAGGGCAUUCAGAUCGCGCCUAGCCAGCCGGAUACUCAAGACAACGGCGUCAAUUACAAGAAUGGAGUUGGGAAGGCAAAAACUGCCUCACGGCAGCAGGGUUGGACUGCGCUGGAUUUUGGCGGCCAAGGACUCCGGGCCCUGGCACCGUCACUGUUCAAAUAUGAUUUCUUGGAAAAACUUUAUCUCACUCACAACAAACUGAAAGUGCUUCCCCCGGAGAUUGGUCAACUACGAAAGCUCACCCAUUUGGAUUUGUCCGGCAACGACCUUUCCGAGCUUCCAGAGGAAAUCGGCAUGCUCACAAACCUGAAGCAGCUCCUCCUGUUUGACAACAACAUUCGUACCCUUCCAUAUGAAAUGGGAUACCUUUACCGACUGGAGAUUCUGGGAAUCGAGGGUAACCCGUUGGAGGACGUUUUGAAGUCUCAGAUCAUGAAGGAGGGCACCAAGGCCCUUAUCAAAUAUCUCAAAGAAGAGAUGCCAGAAGUCCAUGUUCCCCCGCCCGGUCGAGACUGGCUCGUUCUCGAUGAUACUGCCGCUACAUCGCCCGACAAGGUCUCCGUCCUUUCCUACAACACCCUUUGCGAUUCCUCCGCGACUCAAUCACACUACGGCUAUGCGCCUGCCCGCGUUCUAUCUUGGGAAUUCAGGAGAGAGACCAUACUCAAUGAGCUCAGGGCUCAUGAUCCGGAUAUCAUCUGUCUUCAAGAAAUCGACCAAGGUAGCUACAACGAAUUCUUCAGGGAGCAAUUGGCCUACAGCGACUAUAAGGGUGUAUACUGGCCACGAGGAAGAGCCAUGGGUAUGCAGGAGGAGGACGCCAAGGGCGUUGAUGGAUGUGCUACCUUCUUUAAGGGAUCAAAGUUCAUUCUUCUCGACAAGCAGGUGAUCAACUUUGGUCAGACGGCUGUACGGAGACCCGAUGCUAAAGGUCAAGACGACAUUUACAAUCGACUUUGGCAGAAAGACCACAUUGCUGUUAUCGUGUUUUUGGAGAACCGGCAAACUGGAUCUCGGUUCAUCAUCGUCAACGCUCAUCUCUACUGGGAUCCCGCUUUCAAGGAUGUCAAGUUGAUCCAGACAGCUAUUCUUAUGGAGGAGAUUACGAAGCACUCGGAGAAGUACGCCAAAUGGCCCGCCUGUACGGACAAGAGUGCUUUCCGCUUCGCCCAAGGUGAGCAGGCACAGCCCGAGCCCGAAUUCGCUCCGUCAGCAGAGUACGCCAGUGGUGAUCAAAUUCCGCUCUUCAUGUGCGGCGACUUCAACUCGUCACCCGGUUCGGCGGCGUACAACGUUAUCGCGAGCGGAGGGCUUGUCGAAGAGCAUCCGGAGCUGGAGAAACGAAUGUACGGAAACCUGAGUCGAGUCGGCAUGACGCAUCCGUUCAAGCUAAAGUCGGCGUACGGCGCCAUUGGCGAGUUGAGCUUUACCAACUACACCCCAGACUUCAAGGAUAUCCUCGACUACAUCUGGUACACAUCGAAUACGGUGCACGUGUCCGGGUUACUAGGGGAGGUGGACAAGGAUUAUCUACAAAGGGUGCCUGGGUUCCCUAACUAUCAUUUUCCAAGUGAUCAUAUCGCAUUGUUCGCGGAGUUUUCAGUUAAAGGUAAAAAGGGCAAGGUUGUGGAGGCAGAUUUUGGACCGCAACGGAACUGA